UCUAGUUUGCAACCUCCGAGAGUAGGGACUUUAUGUAGUGUUUCCAUAGAUUUUAAAAGGAAUCACAACGUAAAAUGUGGACAAUCAAUGUUGUGUUUUUAUUGUUUGCGUGUGUUUGUGUUCUGGGAGGAGAAAUAGAGUCAAAAAAUGAAGCCAUUUCAUCUAAACCGAAACAGGAAAGUACUGAAUCCACAUUUGAUGACUUUGAGACUAAUAAGAUUUGUAACUGUCGUUGUGGAGAACGUAACGAAGCAUCGCGUAUAGUUGGAGGAGUGGAGUCAGCGGUAAACGAGUUCCCAUGGGUUGCGCGAUUGACUUACUUUAAAAAAUUCUAUUGUGGAGGCAUGCUCAUUAAUGACAGAUAUGUGAUGACAGCUGCCCAUUGCGUCAAAGGUUUGAUGUGGUUCAUGAUAAAGGUGACCCUGGGUGAACAUAACCGAUGUAAUGAAACACAUAGACCAACCACUAGAUUUGUUGUCAACGUCGUGGCCCAUAACUUCACCUAUGUAGACUUUAGGAAUGAUUUAGCUCUGCUGAAGCUAAAUGAUAAGGUGGAAAUUACAAAUACAGUCAAACCAGUGUGCUUACCACAUAAUGAUGAUAAUGAAUACAUAGGUGUCAAAGCAAUAGCUGCAGGUUGGGGAUCGAUCGGCGAACAAAAAAAUCACUCCUGCCAACUAUUAGAAGUGGAAUUGCCAGUUAUAAGUAACAAGGAGUGUAGGGAUACGAAAUAUGAAACCGCUAUGAUUGCUGAUAAUAUGCUGUGUGCUGGAUAUCCAGCGGAAGGGAAUAGGGAUACUUGCCAGGGAGACAGUGGCGGCCCAUUGUCAGCGGAGAGAACGGAUAAACGAUACGAAUUAUUAGGCAUCGUCUCCUGGGGUAUUGGAUGCGGCAGACGUGGUUAUCCCGGAGUGUACACCAGAGUGACAAAGUACUUGUAUUGGAUUAAGCAUCACGCACGCCAGGGCUGCUUCUGCAAAAACUGUGAAAGUUUAAGUAAUCUAUUAGGAUAUUAUUUGGGAUUUCGUCGCCUAUGCUUGUGCCGAUGUGGUGUGAAACAAGGUCCUAAAAGUGGAAUACAUAGUCGAAUGCUUGGCGGAGAAACGAUUCAGCCUUUGCAAAUGCCAUGGUUGGUUUAUAUUCACACAAAUAAAACAGUAACCGGCACUCUUAUAUCUAACAGGCAUGUCAUAACAGCUGCCUCUAAUGUUUAUGACAUGUUACCAUCAAAAGUAUCCGUGACUUUGGGAUCUAAUGGACUCUGUGAUAAGGCGUCAUCAGCGAUCAAUGCAAGUGUUGAGGCAAUAUUAAUAAAUCCUAAAUAUUCACGGAGUAGAAAAAACGACGAUAUUGCGUUGAUAAAAUUACGCAACGAAGUUCUAUUUACUGAAGUUAUUUCUCCAAUUUGUAUGCCCAUAUAUGAUAUCGGUGAUAAACAACAGUUAGCAGAAGUAGCCUCAGUAGCGACUGACGAGAAAAAGUUAUCUACGUAUUGUACUGCUCGCAUCGCAUCCUUGCCAAUAUUAUCCGAAAGAUCAUGUUUAUCUGCUACCAAUGCCUCAUUUGUAACUCCAGAUAAAGGGUGUCUGGGUCCGGUUGGUGCUAUUGGGACUUUGUGCCAGACUGACGUCGGUGCACCAGUAAUGACGCGUUUUACCACUUUAAGCCCAUACAGAUUGAUUGGAGUGUUAUCAUCAGCAUCGUGUUACGAAAAGCAAACGCCGCUUUACACCAGAAUAAUAGAUCAUCUUCCUUGGAUUAAUGAGAAUAUUCGCCGGGAUUGCCAAUGCUUUUAAGCCAAUAAAUAUGAAUAUUUUAA